CACACACACACACACACGCAGAGAGCUCACUCAUCAGAGCGGAUUGAGGAGUGCAGUCAGCGGUUUUGGAGAGAGAUAUCUAGAUCAUAUCUGGAUUAUAUCAAUAGCAUCAGAUAUCGAUCUCCAUCCUCCAUAUGGGGUUCGCGGAGAUCCUCGGGGGGCUGCGGGAGCGCGCGGAGCGGCUCCUCACGGAGCCCAGCCCGCUGAGCGCCGUCCUGGGACGGCUGGAGGAGAGCACCGGCGUGAGGAGGAAGAUCCUGGCCCUCGGGGCAGUGUCUCUAACUGGACUCUAUCUGGUUUAUGGAUACGGAGCCUCUCUCCUUUGUAACCUCAUCGGCUUCGUCUAUCCUGCGUAUUACUCUGUGAAGGCCAUCGAGAGUGAGAACAAAGAGGACGACACCAAGUGGCUGACCUACUGGGUGGUCUACGGGGUCUUCAGUCUGGGGGAGUUCUUCUCUGAUAUCUUCCUCUACUGGUUCCCCUUCUACUAUGCCUUCAAGUGCCUGUUCCUGCUGUGGUGCAUGGCCCCGGUGGCGUGGAACGGCUCCCAGGUGAUCUACAACCGGGUGGUGCGGCCGUUAUUCCUGCGCCACGAGGCCGCGGUGGACGGCAUGAUGAACGACCUCAGUGGGAAGGCCAUGAGCGCCGCCGAGGCCAUGACCAGAGAAGUACUUUGUACUCUGGUGAAGAACCAGUCUCUGUUGACCCCGCCUUCAGCCCAGAUGGGCCGGGACCCCCAGAAGAGCUUACCCAGCCCGGCGGACCCCCAACCGGACCCCCGCACGGACACCCCGCCUGAACGCCCCCCGUUUCUGGGCUAAACUCCAGGAGGAGGAGAAGGAAGAGGUUGAGGAGGAGGUGGUGGAGGAAGAGGUGGAGGAGCUGGAGGAGGAGGAGG